GUUACCUUCGUGCUAGUAUUAGCUGCACGCGCACAAGACGUAGAGUUUCUACCAACAGCCCCGCAAACUGGGACAUUAGAACCAAUAAGUGGGCCUUCAGGAUUGCCAGUAGACUGGACUGGAAGAACAGGAGAGCCAGUAGAAUGGACUAGACCCACAGGACAAGCAAUAGAUUUUUCUGAAGCAACAGGAGAACCAUUGGGACCGUCAGGAGAACCGGGAGCAACAGGCGUAACUGGUGGACCUGUACCUACUGCGAAACCUAGAUUGCCAGUGGACUGGACUGGAAGAACAGGAGAGCCAACAGAAUGGACUGGACCCACAGGACAACCAGCAGAUUUUUCUGGAGCAACAGGGGAUCCAUUGGGACCGUCGGGAGAACCGGGAGCAACAGGCGUAACUGGUGAACCUGUACCUACUGCGGAACCUACUGAGGGCAUGUGCAGCAAUGCUGAUGUGAGUGAUCUAUUCAGAAAAACUGUAGUAGAACAGCAUAAUGCUUUGAGAUCUGAACUUGCACAAGGACAUGUAAGUAAUGGUAAGCCACAAGAUCCAGUCGUAAAUAUGCGAAGGGCAUCAAAGAUGAUGCAAUUGACGUACAACUGCGAUCUGGAAACAAAGGCUCUGAAGCGUGCUAAGGAAUAUAAACUAUCUCCCACUGCACCCGAAGGGGUUUCUGAAAAUGUAUUUGUGUAUAAAUUGGCAGAAGGAGAGAUAGCCUAUGACGUUCUAGCAAAACGAGUAUGUUUCCUCUAA